CUUACCUCAGACAUUUUGGUUAAAUUUGCUGUACAGCUGGAAAGUUGGUCUAAAGUUAUUGCCCCUCUAACUAAUCUAAUUGAAAUAACAUUGGGCUAAAUGAAAUAAGAUGUCGUACUCCUUGUUUUACACAUACACGUAAUAUUAUUUGCAUACAAGUACGACUUACGUAAUAUUAUUAACAUCAGUGUUCAUUUAUUUACACCAGUGUUAAUAUAUCUCUCUUCUUUAUUAACAUUAGUGUUAAUCUGUCAACGCAAGCGUGCCUCGAUACAUUUUGGCGCCAAUGAAUGGUGAUCGAGGCAAUCGCUGCACCUCUACCGGCCUCAUAUUACAUAAUAACUAGACAUUCUUUAGAUAUCUUCAAAUGGAUGUCAGCAUUUUCAAAACGCAGUGAUUUCAAUGCGAAUAUCGUCUGUCAACUCGCGCGAUCGUAGCCUAAAGACGUAAACGCUUUGAUGGCGCAAUAAGCUAUUUUUAGAAUGUGGCGUGCCAGUUCGCUAAAAAGGUAGGGAAAAGUAGUAACCCACACACGGGAUAUAUUAAUUUCAUUUAAUAUCAUUAUUUCCAUGAAAAAUAGGUAUCACUUAUUCAGACAGGACAUUAAGUUUGUGUGUAACAUGACAUUGUGACAAAUGAACCAAGGGAGGUAACUCUACGGCAACAGUGCCGUCAUCUUCCAAAAGUGCCGUCAUCUACGGGGUUUACACAUUCCACUGCACGAUCCUCGCCAUUUUCAGAAGACAGAACAAGCUGACGUUGUCAUUAUUCUCCCCAGCAGAUCUCUCAAGCCGCAGUCUACUGUCUGCGCUGCCAACACCAGACAGGAUCCCCCUUCCUGAUCUUGCACCUACUACGAUUGCAGCCCUUCAAGCAGGUGAAAGGAGCAGCCAGAUUUUUAACUCUGUAUUGAAGCGAGUGAAACGUUUCACACAACUGUUUAUCCAUCGAUGUCAUCUUCACCAUACUAUCAAUCAAUCGGCAGGAGGAUGGUGGCAAAAUAUCCUUCAUUUGCCUAUGCACAUGGCAAGACACCUUGGAGCUUUUUUUGUGUCCAAAUUGAGUCAGCGAUGCGCACCAAUAGAUUUCAAAACAAUGCAAACGAGACCUGCACCUAAGGAUUCUGAAGAUGCACAACCUCAGAAGUUGUUCAAGAUGGCUAAUAAAUCAUCAGGUGUGACAUCAGAGAAAGAUUUUGCAUCCUAUCUUGAUGAAAUAAAGAAGGAAUGGGAAGGAAAGCAAUCAAUUACUCAGCUGCGAACCCUACUAAAACAGACAAGACAAUUCCGCAAAGAGUGGCAAACCACCUUGAAGACCGGGAAGAUUGAGCCCAUUUUAGAAAAGUUCCCUUGUUUUGAGGAAGGAUGCUUUUUGGUGUAUGAAUUCUUUGGCCAACGCAGUGAUGAUCCAGAGGAAGCGAGGGAAGAAAUUGCCAGAAAUAUGGAAUGGAUAAUGCAGACUGUCGCAUCUAAGAAAACUGCACCUGAGGGUACUGAUGCUCAAAAAAGCAUCCAACUGUUCCGGGAUUUUGAGAAGCUUGUUUCCAAGCAAAAGGGCAAGGGUUUGAAGUCAAAGACCUGCAUUACCAUAGUCAAUGAUGUGAAGAGUGUGGAAACAGUUCCUCGGAAACAUCUGCACAGCCAAGUGGAAGAGGCUCCUCAUCUUGUGGUCUUCCUUGACAGCUCAAAACACAUCCUAUGCCAAUUCAUUGUAGGAGACAAUGUAAAGAUUAUUCUUCAAACACAGUCAUUGUUUGAUGCAGUGAUCAGUCUCCUUGGGAGUUACUAUGUUUUUUGA